AAGAGAAGUCAGGAUGGUGUCACUGUAGAUGGAGUAUAACAAAUAGACGGCUGAAUUUAGACACAAGGAGGACACAGCACACCCAGUGUGUGGACUGUGGUAGAGCUGGUGUCCUAUGACGUCUGUCCAUCAGGCCAUGUCUUUGUCUAUGUUCACUGGAUGUCUGUGGAGUCAUUAUAUGCGAUCAGUAAUUGUACAUAAGUAGAAACAUUUGACCUAAAGCUUAAUUUAGGUCUGAUAUUGCUGAACUCUAAAAUAGCAUCGUGGCUUUUUUUUUAGAUGUCGUAAACCUCUUUCAAGACAAAUAUGAAUGAGAUUAUAAAUGUGAGGAAAGUGAUUUGAUAAGUUUUAGAUUCAGCCGAGUUGAGUGGGCGCAGUUGACUUCCUCAUGUUCACUCGUUCCUCCAUUUUACUCGCUGAAGUGUCGUCCCUCGGAGUCCCCCCUCCGCUCCGCGGCUCUCCUCUAGCCUCCGCUGUUUAAAUGGGCCAAGUUGAGAAGCGGCGGAGAGUGCAAAUCUUGUUUGGUCUGGGUCUGUGAACUUCAGCGUGACUUCAGCGACAUACACACGGGUUAAAAACUAACAACUCUUUCCAAACUUUAAUCGCAAGUUGCAACCGCAGAUACCGAGGAAUAAUAAGCCUCGUGUUUUUUGUUUUGUUUUUUUGGCUUAUAUUUCUGAUUAAUGACACAUGCCACGCUGAAAACAGGAGAAAUAUUCUGCAACCAGUUUCUUUUUUUAUUAUCUUCACUGGCUGUGAAAUUGUUAUCGUGGUCACAUAUACUCCCCCAGAUCCCCUUAACAGCUUUAUUUUUCAUUUUUAAAAUUUUUUUUUUGAUUGUACAUCCGAUUUAGGAUUUCACGUCUACUCGGCGAAUAUUAAAAAUAUCUUAUUUUGAAUUUCCCCAAAGGCAGACAAAGAGGAGAUAGGACGUGUAGCGGCGGCUGGUGAUGAUUACCGUAGGUAACAUAAUGUAAGGGGCUCAGGGCUGCCCAGCAUGUCAGGUAUUAACAGAGCGAGCGUGAUUAAAUGUGGGAGGUAGGUGCUCUGAGGCUGGCGGAGAGCGCGGCGAGCUGGAAACUACUGAAUGGGAAUCUAUCCGGCAACUUCACCAGACCGCUGUCUCACGGCGACACGGGGACUCUGCGUAAAGACAAGCGGCGCGUCUCCAAGUCUGGGUCAGCCCAACUCACGGACGAAGAGGACGCUCAAGUUGGAUCGGACGAGCAGCUUUUCACUUGUUACCGGCGCUCGGCUCCCACUAACAUGCCUGCCAUCAAAAAGGAGAGGCUGGAUGGAGACGACAUGGCAUUGACCGCGUUCAACCAGUCCGAAUACCUGGCUCCUUUAAAUGCCACCGCCAUCCCCGUGGUGACCCCGCAUCCGCCGCCCUACGACCACAUUUUCGCCCAUCACCGCGCUUACUUGGGGCUCCACGACUCGGCGCUGCAUCACCAGCACCUCCACCAUCACACGGACGACUUAAUGCUAGAGAGGUUCUCCUCCAUCCCCGACUUCCAGCCCUUCUUCGACAACGGGGAGCCCUGCAUCGAGGUGGAGUGCGGGGAGAACAAGGCUUUGCUUUAUAUCAAUAAACUGUGUCAAGGUAGUAAGGGACCCUCAAUUAAAUACAGGGGCGAGUGGCUCACCCCCAACGAGUUCCAGUUUGUCAGUGGACGAGAGACUGCCAAAGAUUGGAAACGGAGUAUUAGACACAAAGGAAAAAGUCUCAAGACUCUUAUGUCCAAAGGAAUCUUACAGGUGCACCCUCCAAUCUGUGAUUGUCCCGGUUGUCGAAUUUCAUCUCCAGUGAACCGUGGGCGCUUGGCGGAGAAGCGCACCAUACCCCUCCCGCCCAACCGGGUUCCCAAGAAGGAGCUGGCCUCCAUCUUCAGCAGCGACGACAGUGAAGGCAGCGAGCGGGCGAGUGGGGAUCAUGCCCACAUCAAACAGGAGGACGAGCUGCAUUACAGUAUCAUGAGAAAGAGUCGUGACAGUGACCUCUCUACAAUUAUCUCCAACCUUCACCACACCAGACAGCACGGCAUGCCCGAAGGCCAGUCAGCCUCUGACCACAGCACCAGUACUGGACACACAGAUGACCUUCUAGGCAAGAGGAGAAGCUUCUCUCCCAACAGCAGCAGCGAGUGUCCCUCUGACAGCAAGAAGUCACGCAGCGUAUCCCCCAAAGAAAACUCCCAGAGCCCGGUGGUGGAGGCAGGCGGCAGCCACGGCCACAUGAGCCCUGAGGAGCAUUACAGGCGCAUGAUGUCAGCGCUCAGCGAGCCAGGGUCCUACGAGGAGCAGCAGCAACGUUUCUACCAACUAGCCAGCAGCAUGGGUCUGCCCGGCCACGACAUGCUGCGUGCUCGCCAGGAGGCGUUGGCUGCAGCAGUGAGGAAUCCGGCGGCCUUAGAAGCUCACCUGCCCUCGGCGGGCAGCUCUUCUUCAUCCAGCCAGAGACGCAAGCAGGGUCUGCCGCAGCACCGGGACGCGCAUUACACCGACAGAGAACUGUCCCAUCCUCCACCCCUACUGUCACCUCCAACUGCUCCUCACAUCGCCUUAGGACCUCACCUGCGGCCUCCUUUCCUGGGCAUGCCCUCCGCUCUAUGCCAGACCCCCGGCUAUAGUUUCCUCCAACCGGCUCAAGCUGAGAUUUUUGCUCGACAACAUGAGCUGUUGAGGAAGCAGAAUCUGGCCAGACUUGAGAUGUCAGCGGAGCUGCUGAGGCAAAAGGAGUUGGAAAACCUCCAUCAGCGACAGCAGCAGCAGCGUCUGCUGGGUUCAGAUCCUCUCGGAGCUCUACCUCCUGGCCUGUCCCCCGACCACCCAGCCCUGCGGAGUCUCCAUGACAUCCCCGAGGGCCAUCCUCUGCGUGAGGAGCUGACCCGCCGCUCAAACGCGAUGCUGGUUCUUCGCCACGGGGCUUCCACACCUCUCCUAACCCUCAACCACCAGCAGCAACAACCGGGGGCGUCCUCCACACCCAAAGAUACCCACGCUCAGAGCUCCACCGCUGGGCCCGAUGCUGAAUCCAGAAAGGCAGCCCGCAGGGUCCCCCAGACGCAGCUCCGUGCCGGGGAUCACAGAGGCGGGAGAGAGGACCGAGGAAGGGAGGGGGACAUGGAGGUGCACGACGAGGAGAUGAAGGACUCGGAAAGCGAGACGGAGAUGUGCGAGGAGAGGCAGGAGGGCGUCAGCGCGAAGUCCAGCAGUAAACCCAGGGACAGGGAGAGAGACAGGGGUAAAGAGACUGGCAGCAAGGGAGUGUGUGACGGUGCCAAGGAGGGUGGAGAGAGCUCAGGCCGGCUGAGCGCUCCUUGUAGCUCAGCAGGUACGGAGUCACCCAGUCGCCACCUUUUUACCCCUGGACUAGGCAAGGCUGAUCUCAAGUACCACCUGCCACCGGGGUUCAUGCCACCGCUGCCUGCUCUGCACGGCCAGACUUUGCCCUUUGGAUUCCCCUACACCAACCCUUACUUUCACACAGGCUCUCUGGGAGGUCUUUUCGUGGAUCCAGAGGACUCGGCCACAGCAAACCCCACGGAGGACAUCAGCAAGUGGAGUGUGGAGGAUGUGUGUGGCUUCAUAAGCAGCCUGGCUGGAUGUGCUGAAUACACACAGGUGUUUCGGGAGCAGGCCAUUGAUGGAGAGACAUUGCCGCUGCUCACUGAGGAGCAUCUGCUCAACACCAUGGGACUAAAGCUGGGGCCCGCGCUCAAGAUCCGCUCUCAGGUGGCUCGUCGAGUUGGCAGGCUUUUCUACAUGACAGGAUUUCCUCUGGCGUUCCCGUUCCCACCUUCUGCCGCCCUGCGCCCGCAAGAGCGGGAUCGGGACGCCCUGACCACGCCAUCCGACACCCCGCUGCCCCUCUCCAUGUCCCUGCCUCACCGACCCACCUCCACCAGCAGCAGCUCUUCACCGUACAGCGGCCCCACCCCUGGGUGCUCCUCGCCCAAACAGGAAAACGGCAACGGCUCCACGGUGGUGGGGAGAUACGAGGCGAAGACUCCCUCGUAGGAGGAAAAGGCAGGGGUGAGAGAGGGAAUACCUGUCUCGAGCAUGGACGGGAGGGAGGUGACUCAACUCAGACUGACUCCCAGGCCCCAUUCACCAGACUGAAAUUUAUGGGAAGAUAUUUGACUGGAAUAAAGGACAACUUUGGACGAUAUGGACCAUAUCCGGCAAACCAAUCAGCUGAGCUCAUCUGCGGCGGCUGUGGAGGAGCAGAAUCCAAAGAAACUGGGCUGGAGGGGAGAAGCGUGAAGCGACAGAGGAACAGAGAAAGAAAAAGGAGGAAAAGGAGACAGCUGGUCACAGACAGCCUGCCAAAAAAAAAAAAAAAAAAAAAGAGAGAGAGAGGAGCAAAGCCCUGCCACAAAUGCGACAUUCUUGCAAGUCAGACAGUCAGACGCUAGCGGAAACUCUUCCUUCCUUCCUGGGCAGGAGGAAGCUCUGCUCACUCGCUUUCUUUCUCUUGUCUAUCUGACUGCUCCCACCACAAGCCCUGCAGAGCCCAGAAAUUAAAAAGAGACGCCUCUCCCCUCUUUUUUCUCUCCCUCCCUCCUUCCCUUCCUUCCUCCUUCUCGCCUGUUUCCCGAGGCCAAACAGCAGCGUGGCGCUGUCUUUUUUAGAGGCUGGAGUUGAAUAUGCUGAGCGGCACUAGAUCAGCUCCCUCUUAUCACUGCAACUAUGCAUUCCACUGUCCCGAUACCAAAGAUGACCGGAUGUGUGGAACUGGAACCAUAUUUCACAAUGUGUCUGCUUCUUUUUGCAUUAAUGGUCUCACAAAAAAAAAAAAAAAAAAAGAAAA